UUAGAGUGAGAGAGACGCGGUUGAGGAUCAGAGACCCUCAGUGAUGCUCAUAUGCAUCUGAUUUUAUAGUGAAUUAUUAUGGGAAUGAAUUAAUGCUCGUUCCCGAUCCACGUGCGUGCUCUUGAAUAACACUCGUGAUCCGGUUUCAUCGGCUGGGAAUAAACUUUCACAUUCCGGUUGUUAUUUAUCAGCCUUUAUCCAUAAGGACAAAGCGGAUCUGGUGGAUCACAGGUUUGGGUGGCAGAAAUAUGAGGGAGAGGUUCGCGUUUCAUCUUCUCAUCUUCGUGUUGACGCUGUUUUGGCACACCAGGUCAGUGUCCGCAGAUGCCACAACAGAUGCCUUCAAAAAUAACAUCACCCUGUUCACACGCAUCCUGGACCGGCUGCUGGACGGCUACGACAACCGGCUGAGACCCGGACUGGGAGAUCGAGUUACAACAGUGAAGACCGACAUUUACGUCACCAGUUUUGGCCCUGUUUCAGACACAGACAUGAUCGAGUUACAACAGUGA